CACACAUCCAAAGUUCCGAAAAGAGGGCUUGCUCUCUCUCCGCCUGCUCUGUUCCAGUCAAGUGUCAGAAGGCAGCAAAAAUGAAAAGCAUUUACUUUGUGGCCGGAUUGUUUGUAAUGCUGGUACAAGGCAGCUGGCAACGUUCCCUUCAAGACACAGAGGAGAAAUCCAGAUCAUUCCCAGCUCCUCAGACAGACCCGCUCAAUGAUCCGGAUCAGAUGAUUGAGGACAAACGCCAUUCUCAAGGCACAUUCACCAGUGACUAUAGCAAGUAUCUGGAUUCCAGGCGUGCGCAGGAUUUCGUGCAGUGGUUGAUGAACACCAAGAGGAACAAGAAUAACAUUGCCAAACGUCAUGAUGAAUUUGAGAGACAUGCUGAAGGGACCUUUACCAGUGAUGUAAGUUCUUAUUUGGAAGGCCAAGCUGCCAAGGAAUUCAUUGCUUGGCUGGUGAAAGGCCGGGGAAGGCGAGAUUUCCCAGAAGAAGUCACCAUUGUUGAAGAAUUACGCCGCAGACACGCCGACGGCUCUUUCUCCGAUGAGAUGAACACAGUUCUUGACAAUCUUGCCACCCGGGACUUUAUAAACUGGCUGCUUCAGACCAAAAUUACUGAGAGGAAGUAAGUAUGUCACUGUUCAAGAUCACUUCACAUCACCUGCCAGCCACAUGGAAUAUUUGAAAUUUUAAGUUCUGUAAAUUUAAGAGAUGUAUCCUGAAGCCAUAUUGCUUUGCAUGCCAAUAAAUAACUUUUCUUUUAAUAUUGUGUGACCAAAGAUUGUAAAUGGAAUAAACCAUGGUCAAAGAGUUGUUAAAAUACCAGCUUUAAAAUGUGGAAGUGCAGAAUUCUCUCCUUUUCUUAUUUUGGAUGAAGUACCCUAACCUGCUUACAUUUAGCAAUGAAAUUAC